GACUAAGUCGUCUGUUCUGUAUACUGCGUUCGGGUAUUUGUUUACAUGCGACAGAGAGGACUGAACACCGACAUUAGAAAUGGAUGAGAAAGCUGAAUUUGAGGUGUUUGAACUUAAAGACGCUAAAUCGGUCCCAGAUAUUAUACACCCAUACUCUUCGGAAGUCAAAAAUGGUCAAGUCCCCAUUGUCAUUGAUAACGGUUCGUACAAUUGUCGUGUUGGUUGGGCUACACAAUCCAAACCUAAUCUGGUAUUCAAAAAUCUAGUUGCGAAGACCAGAAAAGAACGUGGAAAGAAGGAUGGUGAACUGCAGGUUGGUAAUGACAUAACUAAUCUUGAAGCAGUUCGUUUCCAACUAAAGACACAGUUUGAUCGAAAUGUGGCUAUACACAUGGAAGUUCAGGAACAGAUCUUUGAUCAUGUGUUCUCACAUUUAGGAAUUGACUCUGAUGGAAGUGUGAACCAUCCUGUUAUGCUUUCAGAAGCCUUCCUGAAUCCUAACUUCUCCAGGCAGUCAAUGUCAGAACUAUUAUUUGAAUGCUAUGGUGUACCUGGUGUUUGCUAUGGAGUUGAUGCCCUGUGUAGCUAUUAUGCCAAAGAAGAAGGGAACCUAGAACGAAGUCAAUCUGGCUUAAUUAUAAACCUAGGACACCAUACUAUGCACAUCAUACCUCUUAUUGACGGAGCUGUUGAUGUAACCCAUGCUCGCCGCAUUAACAUUGGAGGUUUUCAUGUUACAUCAUAUAUGCACCGUCUUCUUCAACUGAAAUAUCCUGUCCAUUUCAAUGCCAUAACAUUAAGUAGAGCAGAGGAGCUGGUACAUAACUAUAGUUUUGUCCCUGAGGAAUAUGGAGUGGUUCUCAACCAUUGGGCAGAUCAGGAUUAUUAUGAUAAGCAUGUUUUACGUAUUCAACUUCCUUAUGUUGCCCCUCCAGCUGUAUCUUCACUGACAGCUGACCAGCAGAAAGAACGCCGCAAAGAACUAGCAAAGCGUUUAGUUGAAAUAAAUGCACGCAAAAGAGAUGAAAGGCUGGCUGAGGAUGAGGACAUGUUAAGCCAACUUUUGGAGGUUCAAAGCCUUAUUAACUCAGGACAGGAGAAAGCUUUUCAGAAAGCACUAUCAUCUUUUGACAUGGGAAGUGAAGCUGAACUUGUAAAGCAGAUUGGAAAUCUGCAGGCAAGGAUACAGAGAACAAAACAAAAAAUAGCUGCCGCAAAUUCUACAGAGGAUGUGGUGGUGUCAGAGGAACCAAAGCCUAAAAUUCCCAAGCAAACAGCUUUGAGAUUGAGAGAUGGUGAAGAUGCUGAAUCAUGGCUUGCAAGAUUAAGGAAAGACAGAGCUGAAUUGUUUGAGAAAAAAGCAGCACGUCUGCAAAAGCGUCAAGAUAUGUCUAAGAGACGAACUGCUGCAGCCCAAGAAAGAAUGCGCAUUAUUAGUGAGCUUGCAAAGAGGGACAAAAAGGAGGACAACUUUGGAAUGCGAGAUGAAGACUGGGAUGUGUAUAAAGCCAUUCGAAGGGAUGGGGGUGACUCAGACAGUGAAGAGGAACAAGAGAGGCUAGUGGAAAUCGAAGAAGUCCUUAGGCAAAAUGAUCCUACUUUUGUUGAAGGGGUUGUAGAAUUCAUUCCAACAAACCCAGGAGAAGCACAUCAGUUACAUGUUGGAGUAGAAAAGUUAAGGGCUACAGAAAUACUUUUUCAGCCAGGAAUGGUGGGAAUUGAGGAGGCAGGGCUGACUGAAACUCUAGCAUAUGUCUUAAAACAGUAUUCUCCUGAAAAACAGAAUAAACUUGUUUCAAAUAUAUUUUUGACUGGUGGCUGUUCAGCAAUCCCGGGUUUGAAGGAACGCUUAGUAAGAGAAGUGAGAGAAAUUCGCCCUUUUCAGUCUGAGUUUCAAGUCAACAUAUCAAAAAACCCUUCUUUAUCAGCAUGGAAUGGGGCACGUGAAUUUGCUAAUAUGCCUAGUUUUAGCAAAGACUGCACAAUUAGCAGGCAUGACUAUACUGAAAAGGGGGGUGAGUACCUGAAGGAGCACAAGACUUCUAACAUUUUUAAUGCAUCGCCGGCUCCACUUUGUCAACCUCUAGUAGGAGCAACAGAAGAUGUAGAGAUGGAAAUUUUUUGAUUGGAUAAUUAAAAUAUGAUGUAACAUGUA